AGACAGAGUCUGCAGGUCUCACGGGCCUCAAGAAAUGGUCAAAAGCAAAAACCAGCAAGCAGUUCAGGCAACCUCCUCCCUUCUACUUCCCUGGGGCCCUGCCAUUCUGCUUUUUUCCUGCGUCAUUCCCGCCCAUGCAAGCUCUUCGAUUAUCUCAGAUCGUCGCCCUCUUGCUGCGUCAAAUCUGAGAUUUCCAGACCGUCCAAAAGCCCUUCCUCCUCUCCUCAAAGCUUCCCUCCGCACUGUACUACCUCCGUUCUCCCGGGCACGAAGAAAAAAGUUUACCUUCCCGGGGGCUGAUUCCUUAUUGCCCUCUACCUCAUGCUCCUUUCCUGUACCGUCCUUACUCGCAUGUCGAGGGGGAAGCACGGGCGCCACUCCUGCUCAAGCCUCCACCUCUCCGCGCAACCGUACAUCGGAAUGGGAGGAAGACGCGGCCUGGCUGACCAACCAAGUCCUGACGUAUCAGGCGCACAUGGCGCUUUCGGCAGAAGCAUUGGGGAAAAGACAUGCCGUGGUAGGGCACACGCCCUUCGAUUUCGGCUUUAAGCACGAGGAAAAGUACAGGUUCUUCCCGCGUGCCAAACAAGCAGUGGAACCAGCAGCCGAACAAGGAGAUGGCGACGCUCCAAUCGAUGACGAGCCUCCGGAAGAGGAUGCUGUUGGCCUCCCGGCCCCUCCAGGUCCGGCAGAGGACGACGCAGAUGGAGGGGCUGUGGCGCCGGAGCCUCCCGAUAACGAAGCUCCUCCUGCCCCCGGAGGGGUUGCCGAUGCGCCCGCUGUCGACGACGGGGUGGAAGACGACCUGCUGCCACCAGCUGUCGCGGCGGAGGAAGAGGAGGGUGCUGCCCCUGAGGAGGAGGAGGAAGCAGCAGCCCCGGUUGCCCCUGUGAAAAAACCAAAAGCGGCUCCCGUGGUGGAGGCGGGGGACGACGACGGUGAGGACGCAAUUGCUGCUGGCCCGGAUGACGAAGACGACGUGGAGGUUGCUCCCGCUGUGGGGAAAAAGCCGAAAAAAGCGCCCAAAGUUGUCGAGGACGAUGACGUGGCGGACGGGCCUGCGGAUGACGAGGGAGACGACCUUGAUGAGGAAGCAGAUGCUGCUGGAGACGAGGAGGAGGAUGCGCCAGAUGCUGUCCUGGACGACGACGUGGGGGAUGGGGACGUGGCCCCCGGCGUGCCCAAGGGAAAACCCAAGGCGCCCAAAGUGCCGGAUAUCAUCGAUGAGGCUACGGACGACGACGCGGAGGACGAUGAUGUCCGCGUGGUGAAAACCAACAAGAAACCGAAAAAACGGACGCCGACCAAGAAACGCCCGAGCUACGACCCGACGGCGGCCGCGCAUUGGAAGGAAGUUCCCGCGGUGAAGGUCACGGUCAAUGCCUACGAGGACGAAGACGGUGCGGUCUGCUCCCGCGACUCCCCUUCCUGCAACCUCCGGGCCGCUUUUGUCUUUGUGGGGAACCGUCAGGGGACGAUUUACCUUCCCACCAUGGAGGUGCACAAGUUGAAGAAAGGUCCGAUCAUGGUGCCCAUGUACUCCCACAUUACCUUGACCAGCGUAGGGACCACGGCGCAGAAAAAAGCGGUGAUCUACCACCGGGAAUCGAGUACCUUUGGCGGGGGCACUUCGGCCGUGCUGGUGGUGCCUGAGAACACGACCCUGACCCUGGACGCGGUGACGUUCAAGAACAAUCCCCGUCGGGCUGUCUACGGCGAUCGAGGCGCGGAUAUCAGCGUCCUGAACUGCGCCUUUGUCAACAAUACCUUCGACUCGGACGGGGGGGUGUUUAGGGUGGACGGCGGGAAUUUGGAUAUUAAACAAAGCCUGUUCUUCAACAACACGGAUUGGUCCAAUGGAGGGGCCAUCUACACUACCUACUCCAAUUUGACCAUCGCUGGCACCAAUUUCCUCAACAACUCUGCCUCAUCGGGCGCAAGCCUGAAGACAUACCAGUCGAUCGUGAACAUUUCCGGGUCGCAUUUUGGUGGCGGCACCGCCUGGUCGGAUGGAGGGGCGAUGGAACUGGUAGAAAGUAUGGGAGACGUGUAUGACAACAUCAUGGAACUGAAUACGGCCUCGUCGGGAGGGUGCGUGAAAGUGAUCGGCUCCAAUGUGACCUUCUCCGGAAUCGAGUUUCGAAAGAACAGCUGUAAAAAUACAGGGGCAGUCUUUGACGCCUACCUGAGCAACACCACUAUCAAGGCCUGCACAUUCCGUAGAAACUGGGCCAAGAACGUGGGGGGUUGUCUGAGCGGCUAUCAAAGCCAAUACAACACUUACCAAUGCACUUUUGAAUUCAACAAAGCCGAGGCCGCCGGCGGCGUGGUUUCCCUCUUGGAAGCGGAACUCUACGAAUUUGAAUCGACCUUUCAGAACAACACGGCUUUUAUGGGUGGGGUGGUGAAUGUGGAGGAGGAUGGCUAUGCUCAUUUGAAGGAUUCUCUGCUGCGAGGCAACAUUGGCACAGGAAAUGGCGCCGCCGUUCGGAUCAAUGACGCGCAUGCCUACCUGGAGAACGUCUUUGCCAUCAACAACACAGUCAUCGCCGAAGAUGGGGGGGCGGCGAUUUUCGGGGAGGGCGGCUUUUUGGACACGUACCUCGGUGUUUUCACGAACCACACCAGCGAGGCCGGCCCUGUCGUCCACGUCAUCAACACCACCACCAGUCUCAACUCGAGCACCUUCCGGUUCAAUGAGGCUGUCAGCCUAGGCGGGGCCCUCUGGAUUCAAAACUCGGAAUUUGUGGCCUGGAACACCACCUUCCUCCGCAAUCGCGCCCAAAAAGGCGGUGCCGUCUUGAUCCAAAAUGAGAUCACGGAAGAGGAUUUGGAAGUGCCCCGAUUUACUCCUCGACGCAUCCAAUUCGUGGAAAGCUUUUUCCUGGAAAACAUCGCCUCGGAGGCAGGCGGUGCGAUCGAAAUGAGCCUGGCCGAGAAUGUGACGACGUUGCACGGCGCAUUCCUGAACAACAAUGCGACGGAGUUCGGAGGAGCCGUACACAUGGAGUCGUCCAACGCCACAUUUGUGGGGACGCGAUUCGAAGGAAACUUUGCGCGCUUUGGGGCGGCGAUUGAGACGUUCGUGUCGGAGUUUCGCACCCUGAAUUGUAUACUGGAAAAGAACCGGGCCUCGUGGGGCGGGGCGUUGGAAUUCAAAAUGUCCACAUUCAAAUGUGACGGCUCUACCUUCAGUAAGAACCAAGCCAAAUAUGACGGCGGUGCACUGAACUGUCAGAACUCCAGCUUGAAGGUGGACGAAUGCGUGAUUCGGGGCAACGUGGGUGCCAACAAUGCGGGAGGCUUCUGGUUAGAGUCCUCAAACAUGACCGCUACGGGAAGCACCUUCGAUAGCAAUGUCGCGGAGGCAAGGGAUGGGGGCGGGGUUUUCUCCUACAACACAGAUUCCAAGUUCCGAGGCUGUGUCUUCGGCAGCAACUCGGCGCGAAAGGGUCCGGAUCUGUACAAUCACGGGGGGUUGGCCGAAGUCUUCUGCGCGCACAUUGGCCGGGUGUACAACAAACCAAAGGUGGGGGGGCACGUCACGCAGGACUGUUUCACCUGCCCUAAUGGCCAAUACGGCGAUUAUGCGAGCGCGGGUUCCUUGGUUUGCGAGCAGGAAUGCGACGUGACGGCCACGGCCAUGAGCUGCUACGAGUGCCCCAAUGGGUGGGCCUGCGACGGGGCCCGGGAUUGCAAGGCGGGCUACCGGGGCGAACAGUGCAUGGGGUGCAAAGGCGGUUGGGUGAAAAUCGACGGACAAUGCCAGCCCAUUGCCGCCAUGGCGAUUGUCGUGGUCAUUGGCAUCUUCACGCUCGGUGCCUUCGUCUGGUACUUGCUGCGCGGGCCCGUCUUGGAUGCCAACCAAUUCACCCGGGUCAAGAUCGUCUGGUCCUUGCUCCAGCUCCUGGUCAUGAUCGGGCUCAUCCGCAACGCCUUCGGCCGGGCCGUGCCCUUCUUCCUAGGGGUGCUCAAACCCGUGGCCCUCUGGUUCGACCUCAGCACCAUCGGCUCCCUCUCCAAGCAUUCUUUCCCCGGUGUCCACGUCUGUAAUCUUCUUUUCCCCGUCCUUAUCUUCCUGGGCCUGGUCAAGGCGCAAGACGUGCUGUACCAGCGCCGCAUGCAUGCCCUGCGUCAAAACCUCAUGGAGGACGCAUUAGAAUGGCUCAAGCACGAACGCCGGGUCGGCCAAUUCACCCUCCUCUUUGCGGAGCUCGCCUACGCACCGAUCUUGAACCAGGCGGCCAAGGCAUUCCAUUGCUACGACACAGCGCACGGGCCGGCCCUGGUGUGGGAACCGAGCAUGCAAUGUGGAGGCACUGCCGGUCAAUUCGUAUUGCGGGGUCUGAGCGUGAUUGCCAUCGUGGUGGUCGGCCUCGUCUUUCCUCUGGUACUCCGCUACAUCGUCGUCACCCUGAAUCAGCAGAACCGACUCUUUCACCCCGCGACCCGGGAG